AUCUGUUACGGAGGUGCUUGCUUGGUGUAACUUUAUUAAUCUUAUUUAUCUUAAUUUGUGUAGAUUUUUCACUCUGAUGAUACAAUUCAUUAACUUCGAAUUUUGAAUUCAUUUCAUUGUAUUCAGUAAGAAGAAGCUAGCUGUUCCACAACAAUUUAGAUGAGUUUUGUAGAUGUAUUUGUUGGUAACUACAUUGUCAUAGACUUUGAGCUGUACCAUCUAUGGCUCACUGGCCGUUCAUUGAAUGAAUGUUGUGUAGCUCUACAGCAGAGAGGUGUAUUACAAUCAACAGGGGCGAGAUAUGAGGAACUUGUCAGUGAUACAAAGGACAGUUUCCGCUUGUUUGCCAACAUAGAACAACUACUGAAAUGGCCCACAAAGUUUGGAGAGCAACACUUGUACCAGAUUGAUCCUGUUACACAAAGAAACUUGAUUGAAAACUACUAUAAGUUUGAUGAUGUAGUUAUUAGAGAGAUUCUUGGGCGCAAGUUGUCAACAAAAAACCGCAACAAUUUAGAUGAUGUCAGCGACAAAACACGGAUACCACUUAGAAGCUGUUGUAGACAGUUUGACAAUGUAAAGAGGGUGUUUAAGACAGUAGAAGAGAUGCCAGGAUCACUGGAACGAAAUAUCAAGACACAUUUCUGUAUCAUGUCUGAUGAAUUAGCUAAGAAAUAUGCAGCUAUUGUCUUUAUGGCAAACCAUCGAUUUGAAACCGGGAAGAAGCGUUUAAGUCAUUUAACAUUUGAUGAUUUCUUGUUCUGUACAGAACACAUGAUUGUCAACUGGUCAUAUAGUGCAGCAGAAUGUGAUAACCAUGAAGAUAUGGAUGUAGAUUUAGACAGAAUGUUCUUACAAGAACUGCGAGACCUUAAAAUACUCACUGAGAAAGAAUUUCUAGAUGAACAUAGAAAUUACUUGAUGAAUAGUUUAAAAACCAGUUUAACAAAGAAGAAGCUUACUGAUCUUGAUGACAAUUUUAAGAACUUAUCAAAGGCCAUUAUUUCCAUUGCCUAUGGAUUGAAUCACAGUAAAGAGGUCAAAAAUUACUUUGUUGAUGUUGUUGAGAAGGUUAUAGAGCCAUUUAUGAUGGCGAUGUGGUCUGAAGAUGACAUGGUGAAGUUUCUGAAUUUGUACAAAGAUUCCGGUUUAAGACUAUCAGUGUUUAGAACUUUACCUAACAUGGUUACAGUGUGGGAAAGAUAUAUGAACACUUUCAACAAAUGCUGCCUUAAAUUGUACCAUAAUUAAGUAGACUGUGUCACUUUCUUUUUGACCACUGUUAUAGGUAGAAAAAAUGUUAUCUUAUAACCAGUCAAAAUGAUGUCAUAUUGUACCUGUGUCACUUAGGUCGUGUCACUUAACUGGAAAUAAAUAUCAAAGUCUUUUUCAGACCAGUCUUAAAUGUUAACUAUUUACACCUAUUUACCAAUCUGUUUUGAAUUAUUUUAAAAUUGUCAAUCAUUAUUGAUUACUUUAAGUUGAACUCAACUUUAACCUACACAAAGAUAUUUCUAGUAGAAAGGCAAUAUAUUUGAGAUUUAUUUGAAAUGUGAUAAUAAUACAUGUAUGUUGCCAUAUUUUAUGCUCUACAUUUUUUUUCUCAAUGAAGUAUAUACACUUCAUAAAUGCAAAUUUGUCAUUGAAUUUCCCUUUUUCAAUCCAUGUGUCACAGUUAACGUCCUUGUGUCACAGUUACCAUUUUGUCAUAGCACCUUGAUUUAUUUACUGAUAUCCUACAUAUUUAUGUUAUGUUUGUAUCCUCUAUUGGCCUAUACCCUAAGAUGGGAGAUUAAGUCAAUUGGUCAAGGUCAUAUAGGCUAAAAAUAGGUUUUCCUACUCUCAUUCAAGGCCAUGUUUUUAGCCUUGUCAAAGAGACAGCAGAGAGCAUUCAUCAAUAUACCAAAUUGUCUUCUUUAAUAGAUAUUAUAAAAGUAUUUUGAAGAUAACUGUUAAUUGAUAUUUAAGAUUGCAAAAGUAUAUUUUUCCAUGCACUUUUAAGUUUUCUUCUUUUUUUUUUAACUAAAAUCCUCUUGCAAGAUGCUAUUAACAUUAUUUAAUAAUUUUAGUGAUUCUCAGACCACUAGAAUAUUAUAGGUUAUUAUUAAACAAAUAUUGUGAUAUGAUUAUAUGAAAAUAAAACACAAUAAGUUAAAUUCAAAUAUUGAACCCUCACUAUGUUGAAACCAGAACUGUGAAAUCUUUGCUACCAGACUCUAUGCCAUUGUCUAAUCAUCUAGACUGUUGUCUCACUGGCUACAAACUGUUGUUUGCCCAAUUUCCAAAAUUAAUAUUCAUAAUAAAAAACAUGAUUGAAUCAUAAUAAAAUUCUUAAAAUUCAUAAUGAAGUGUUUCAAAGUGGAAGUUGGAAAAGUCCAUUUAGCAUAUUCGGCAGUUUAGAGGUUGAGGUUGUAAAAAGUGUGUAACUUUACAAAUAUCUAUUUAGUGUAUUAUUUUAAUUUUUCUGCUGAUCUCAUAGUUAUACAGGCAUUACAUAAAAACCUUCAGAUGUUUCUGAUAUUAUCAUGUACAUAUUUCUUACAUAACAAACAAAUGCAAACAAUGUAUCAUAAUGUUAUAGUUAUGUACAUGUAAUAGUGCAAUUGAAGAUAUUUUAUUAGCUCACCUUGGCAGAGAGUGUUGUAGGGUGACUUUGUAUUUGCUUGAUGUCUGGCAUCUUUUAUUGUCUUCUUUUUGUUUAAAGUUAAACCUCAUUAUAUGUAAAACAGCAGGGUAGAUUUUUACCAGACUUCACAAGAAUUGUCUUGAGGAAGUCCUUUGCAUAGUUUGUAUAAAUCAUCUUACCAAUAAGCAUCUUACGCUGAUGUAGCCAUUGUUGGUCACACAAGUCAAAAUUAGAUUAAAAAUUUUAAGAAAUAGAUUGUUAUGUUACAAACUUCAAGGCCAAGACCUUAGAUAAUUGGAAUGCAAUAAUUUGUCUUGUGUUCCUGUUAUUUUAUUUUAUGAAUUUCGCCCUUAGCAUAAAGAGUGGCCCCUCCAUUGUGAUCACUUGUUUUGAAUAUUGUUCAAUGUUAAAAGUCUUUCUGAAAAUAAAUAUGUCUUGGCUAAGAUACUUGUCUAAUUGGCCUCUACAAAAGUAAUAUGGAAAUCAUGGCAGAGUUCAAAAUUGUUCCUGUUCUGAAGUCUAUUGUUGCAUGGACAUUAACAGGAAAAAAUCCCAUUGCCAGUGAAACAAAAAAGUCCUUAGGCUAAGUUAUUUGAUAUUUAGAUAUUUGUUAUCUUUGCGGCUUCUUCAAAAGUUAUACAACAUGUAUAUAUCUUAUUUCAAGAUACAGAAAUGGUAUUAUUAUUAAGACAAUUUUAUCUUCUUUUCCGUUAAAUUGGGUGAGCCAUUUAAACUCACUUGAGGAACUGUUUCCAUGUAGGAAUUCUUUGCUUUUGAAUGCUUUAUGGGACCAUUGCUAUGUGUAAGGGUAGAGGCUAUGAAGUGAUUUCUUCAGCAUUAAGAAACCUACACUCAUUGCUUAGUACUAGUUUGUUCCAGCUACAGAUUUAAGAAUGUUUCAAUAAGCGUAUAGCUGCCAACACAAUCAAACUAAAAUAAAUGAGAAUAAACUAAGAAACAAAGAAAUAAUAAAAUAAAAAUAUGUGUAGAAGAUGGAGUAGUUACUAGUACAUAAGUACUUUGGGAUUUCACUGCAUAGCCUAUACCUAACUUAGUGUUAAAGUUUCUGAUCAGCAGUAAAUAGCUUAGCUAUAAUGUCUAAGUGCAUUAGAAGAAUUUAAAUUUGGUUUGAUCCUUUGAUCAGCCUUAUUAUCUAUAUGACAAUAUUUUUGUUUGUUACAAAUAAAAUAAAAGAUUCAGAUUAAAAUGUUUGUUUUAGAGCUUUAUAUAAAUACAUUGAUGUAACUGCAUGAAAAUAUAUAGGUUCAGUAUAACUUGUUUUAAUAAAACAUUUAACAAAUGAUUUGUAAAAGAAAAAUACUAAACACUAAGAAUAAGUGUUUUAAGUGGAAACAUGCAUUCCAUGGUAUGUGUUUUAUAUACUAUUUUAUAGGUAAAAUACAGUUGUGUUUUACUUUUUUACUUUUUUGUUUAGAAUUAAUUGAUGUAUUAAGGAGUAAAGUGUAUAAGCAAGAAAAAA